AACCGGUCAAUCGGUGCAAUGAAGUUAAAUGGAAUUCUCAAUCCAAGCAAAUGACAACAUUUCCUUGCAGCUUACUUACUGUAAGAAUCAUUCGAAUGAGAAAUCUCCGUCGAGCUGAUGCUUUAAGCCAGUCUGACUGUUAUGUGACCCUAUGGCUGCCAACCGCUUCAUGUGAAAAGCUGCGGACCAAAACUGUCAAUAAUAGCAAGAACCCUGUUUGGAAUGAAACUUUUUACUAUAGGAUACAGCCAGAAGUCAAGAACCUACUGGAGCUGUCUGUCUAUGACGAAGAUACCGUCUCUCCAGAUGACCUCCUCUUCACUAUACGCUUCGAUGUAGCUCGAGUUCCAGUUGAUGAAAGAGUCGUCAUGCAUUUUAAGUCUGAUCCUAAGGCACAAGAAGAUCUGGAAGUUGAAUUUCUGGUGGAAUCUGCGUCAGGUCCUCCUGAAACCAUACUUACGAAUGGAGUUCUAGUGUGUCGUGAAGUUUGCACAUUGGAAGCUGAGGUGAACCAGACAAAGCGACAUAAAUCAAAGAAAGACCUGUCACUUUCAGUAAAAGGAUCCUGUGAAGGCACUCACUCUUUUAAGCUGGGUUCAGAUGCCAUCGUCACACCCCCAUGUCCCAGUACAUUCCACUAUGUCAAGUACAAGGAGCCGAUAUUGGAUGUUUCACUACCAAAGUCAAAGCCACGUUACAAGCCCUGUACCUGUUCUUAUAGUACCCCAAAAGAGGUUCCACCUGUGGUGUUGAAUUCCCUGCCCAAAGGAGAGAAAGUGCCAAUCGUGGAGGAGAAAAAGUACAAUUUGCACGUGAAAGUGAAUGACUGUCAAUGUUCCUGCCCAGAAGACCUAGAUGUACGUUUGGGAUAUGAACUGUGCCCCCAGGAGCAAGAGUUUUUGUGUAAACGAAAGAGACGAGUUGCUCAGGCUCUGAAGCAGGUUCUCCAGCUAGAUUAUGACCUACAAGAACACGAGGUUCCAGUGGUGGCAGUCAUAACAACAGGAGGCGGGACAAGAUCGUACACAACGACAUAUGGCUGUAUGAGAGGUCUCCAACAUUUAAAUCUCCUAGACUGCAUAACAUACAUAUCUGGUUUGUCUGGAACUUCAUGGGCCAUGUCACACUUAUAUAGAGAUGCUAAUUGGACACAGAACGAUCUGUAUGAGAAAAUACACGAGGCAAAGAAACAAGCGACCAAAAGCAAAAAAGACAUGUUUACCAAAGAUCGUAUCAAAUAUUAUCAGCAACAGCUGAACCAACGGAAACAAGAAGGAUACAAAACAACUUUUAUAGAUCUCUGGGGACUCGUCAUCGAGUAUAUGUGUAAUGAUGGGAAAAAUAAUCACAAGCUCUCAGAACAGAGAGAAGCUUUGAUGUAUGGUCAGAACCCAAUGCCUAUCUAUGUCACCAUUAACAUCAAGGACAAAUACAGCACUCACGACUUCAAAGAAUGGGUGGAAUUCACUCCCUAUGAGGUGGGAUUCCUGAAAUAUGGUGCAUUUAUACAACCAGAGGACUUUGGAAGUGAAUUCUUCAUGGGCCACCUGAUAAAGAAGCUUCCAGAAAGCCGGAUGUGCUACCUUCAUGGUACGUGGAGUAGCAUAUUUUCAGUGAACUUAUUGUAUAUCUGGAACAGAGUUAGCAGUUCAGAGGAAUUCUGGCACAGAUGGACACAUGACAAGUUAAUUGAUCUUGAUGAAGACCCUUAUCUACCUACAAAGCCAUAUGAGAUAAGGAGCCACAUGUAUGUCCCAGCUGGAGAACUUGCCCAAAAAAUACGAGCGGUCUUGACAGAUCGCUUUUCUGUUUCCCAGUAUCACAAUUUUCUGAAGGGCUUUCAGCUGCAUAACUACUACUUGGAGAAUGAAUGUUUUCAGCGAUGGAAAGCAACUACAUUGGAUUAUUGUCCAAAUCAACUAACGGAACAUGAAGACUACUUGGGCCUAGUGGAUGCUGGAUUUUUCAUCAAUACAAGUUGCCCACCAGCUUUAAGGAAACAGAGGAAAGUAGAUGUCGUUGUACAUUUCAGCUACAGUGCAGGCUCACAGACACUGCCUCUAGAACAAGCUUGUACAUACUACAAACAGCAAGGUAUCCCAUUCCCAAAUGUGGUCCUUACGGAAGAAGAGAAGAAACAUCUGAAGGAAUGCUACUACUUCAAUGAAUCAGAGACCCCUGGUUGUCCCAUUCUGAUUUUCUUCCCAUUAGUGAACGAUACCUUCCGAUAUUAUAGAGCACCUGGUGUGAAACGCAGUUCCAAUGAGAUGGAUGCAGGAAAUGUUGACGUUUCCAGUUGUAAUAGCCCAUACAACACUUUCUCCCUUACCUACAGUGAAGAUAAUUUCGACAAACUAGUGAACCUGAGCGAAUACAACGUCUUGAAUAACCAGCACUUGAUUUUCCGGGCUUUGCAUGCAGCCGUGGAACGGAAAAGGCAACAGCACUACGAGAAUUAAUCCCCUUCUUAUGUGCCAGUAUAGAUCGGCCAGGGAUUUGUUUGUUUAUUUAUUAAACCCCCAGAAUGCUUUGCGCAGGCAGAGGAUAGAGCAAUGAUGGAACCACCAUGUGUGGUUCAUUUGAAAGCCACGGUGGGAUCGGCUCCAUUUCUCUUAUAACAACUGAUUCACGUUUCAGCAGGAGCACCAUUUCAGAUUUCAGCAGGUGGGUGGGAAGGUUUAGUGGGAGGGGGCAAAGUCCACUAUAAGCUGUGAAGGCCCACUCUUGGGUAUACUUAAUACUAAAUUGCCAAAAAGCAGUGAAUUUUAAAGAGUGUAUGUGUAGCCCACUUUUUAUAAGAACUAUAACAGAAUGAUUAAUGUGAAUCAAAAAGUCAUGCAGGUCAAACACCCACCCACAGAGACCACACAUU